AUGAUAUUCUUGGAUGUAUUUUUGAAAGGGCUCAAGCCAGAAUUUGACGAUGAUGCGAUUGAUCGCUUGAAUUAUUAUUAUACUCCAAUGCUUUUCGUUAUUUUUGCUUUAACUUUAAGUGCUAAACAAUAUGUUGGCCAACCAAUUCAAUGUUGGAUUCCUGCGCAAUUUACAGGAGCUUGGGAGCAAUAUAGUGAAAAUUAUUGUUUCAUUCAAAAUACUUAUUUCCUUCCUUUAAAUCAUUAUAUACCACGAGAUUUGGAGGAACGAGAAAGUCGAGAAAUUGGUUAUUAUCAAUGGGUACCAUUUAUCCUUGGUCUUCAAGGCAUUUUGUUCUAUUUACCGAAUCUUAUAUGGAAGCUUUUCAACUGGCAAUCAGGAAUAGCCGUGAAGGGAAUUGUUACGAUGUCACAAGACGUAAGCAAUAUGCAAACUGAGAAACGAAAUGAUUCGGUUGCGGUUGUUUCAAGUCAUAUAUAUGAUUCGCUCAAAACUCAGCAAAAACUUUCUAGACGCGGCUUAAUUGCGGCCAUAUUACAAAAAGGAUCUUAUUUGACAAUUCUUUAUUUGUUCAUCAAGCUUGUUUAUAUAUUACAAGCGAUUAUGCAGUUCAUAAUACUAAACAAUUUUUUGGGAACAAAUUAUACGUUUUGGGGUUUCGAAAUUUUGAGAGAUUUAGCACAUGGACGAGAAUGGCAGGAAUCUGGACAUUUUCCACGCGUAACAAUGUGCGAUUUCGAUGUCCGUGUACUUGGCAAUAAGCAUAGGCAUACAGUGCAAUGUGUUCUCAUGAUAAAUAUGUUUAAUGAGAAGGUUUAUCUUUUUUUGUGGUGGUGGAUUUUAUUAGUCCUUAUUGCAACAAUUGGCUCAUUGUUCUACUGGAUUAUUGUCGGAUUAUCGAAAGCUCAACAACGGUCAUUUAUUUCGCAGUAUUUACGUGUUUACGAUUUGUUGGACGAUGAAAGUCGAGGAGCAGUAGAUAAAUUCGUACAACGAACUCUUCGUAAUGAUGGUGUUUUCAUUCUUCGAAUAGUUUCUUCAAAUGCAGGUGAUUUGAUAACGACAGAUAUUGUUGCAGCGUUAUGGAAGAUGUAUUUAGAGGAUGAAAAAAAUCGUCAAGCGCAUCGACCUUCAUUAAUCGGAAAUGCACCUAAAUUUGACGAUGAAAAUAAUCAUUUUAAUCCUGAUAAUCAAAAUUUCACCUAA